AUGUUUGGAAAAAUGGAAUAUGAAGAUAUAGUAGAGAAAGAGAAGGUCCAAAUGAUUAGGCCUAGAUCAUUCUAUGCUGCUUGGAAGAAAGAAGAAUCGAGAGCUGUAAAUGUGAUCCUGGAUGCAGCCACUGCCCAUUCUGCCCUCCUCCUGUCUGAAAAUGGGAAACAAGUAACCUGGCAAGAGACUUGUCAGGAUCUACCCAGCUCCGCGCAGAGAUUUGACUCCCUUCCCUGUGUGCUGGGUCAGCAGGGCAUCAGCUCAGGGAAAUGCUACUGGGAGGUAGAGGUUGGGGACACACAGUCCUGGGACCUGGGAAUUUGUAGGGAUAAUGUAAAAAGGAAGGGGAGGGUCACAAUGUCACCAGGGAAUGGUUUCUGGGCCAUCAGGCUCUACAAUGGGGAAUACUGGGCUCUUACCUCCCCAGAAACUCAUCUUACUCUAAGAGAAAGACCCCUUAGUGUGGGGAUAUUCCUGGAUUAUGAGGCUGGAGAAGUAUCUUUCUGUAACAUGACAGAUGGGUCCUAUAUUUUCAGCUUUCCCAAGAACACAUUUAAUGGUGUCCUAAGACCACUUUUCAGACUUUGGUCCUCUGGCUCAGGGCCCUUGAGCAUCGUACAUGUGGAGGAGAAGUGACUAUGUACUUCAUAGGCCUACCCUUCCUUGAGUAAUAAUGACAUUGGGCCCCAAAGAUGAUCACAAUUCUCCCAGCAGCCACAAUUAUUUUUUUCUAUCUUACUGAUUCAUUCUCAAGAUGGAGCUAUGGCACACAGACUGAUUAAAAUCACUUGUAUUGCUUUCUCUUGCCUAAUUGCUCUGGCUAAGGUUUCCAGAACCAUGUUGAAGAAAAGUGGGCAUCACUGUGUUUCUGAUCUUAGAGAAAAAGCUUUCAACUUUUUACUACUGACAAUGAUAUUAGCCAUGUCAUAUGUGGCCUCCAAUACGUUGAGGUAGUUUUCCUUGAUACUCAGUUAGUUCAAAGUUUUUAUCAUGAAUGCAUAUUGAAUAUUGUCAAAUUGAUUUCCUUCAUCUAUUGAAAUGAUCAUAUAUUUGUCCUUCAUUUUCUUA